UUUACUAGCAGAGAGCUCACUGCCAAAGCUGAAAGCCAGCCACGAAUGCAGCGGCGGACAGGUGACUUUGGUCCUUUGGACUUAAAUUGGAGUUAGUUGUUUGUAGAAAGCCUAAUUCAACAUUUGUCAGCUGAGCUUGCAUCAUGGCUUCGUCACAACUCGACAACAUAUUUGACACAUUCGUUGAGAAUCUGGACCUAGUUACCAGCAAACUAAAGGAAGAGGAUUCACCUCGUCCUACAGCACCUGAUCACAGUUUGGAAGAAUUCUGGAAAAAGCUUGGGGCUGCAUUUGAGUCUCUUUCAGCCGAGGCUACCAAGCUUGCCUUGUGGUUCAGCAAACCACCUCUGCCCAAGCCGGAAGAAUGCCAGUCACUCAUCGCCAGUGUAGAAAUGUCCACCAUCGCAUUGGUGUCUGUGUUCUAUGGCUUGCCCAAGGAGCAUGGACUAAUGCUUCGCAGAGCCACUCGACACACAGUGAUGGGAGCCGUGGAAGGGAUUAGAAACCUUGCCAAGCGCAUCAAGCAGGACCACUACCACAGCAGUGACAGCCAGUUGCAUGCAACUGGCAAUGUGUGGGAGCGAUGCGAUGCCUUCAAGACACUUCCAAGGAACAAUAAGGAUGCACUCCUCAGUGCAGUGAGCAAUGUGAGAGGACUUGUUAAUGAUGCAGUGGAUGAACUGAAAGAGCUCCAGGAAACUGGUGGUGGUCCGGAAGGGUGGGAUGACUUGGGCCUGAUUGCUGGGGCACCCUCUGGUGACACCAACAUGCAGGAAGGCUGGAGUGAGCAUGACCGGAUGUUGCUCCCUCCCUGCUCUGGCCUCCUGAAAGCCUCUGCCUCCUGUGUCAAGAAAGUGUCAGGGGCGGUGCAAGCCCACGGCCAGUGGAAGGAGAACUGGCUAGUGGCACAGUUGGACGACUUGGGCGAGAUUGCUGAGCGGAUCAGCCCGGCUGCGGACGACUUGGUCAUGUGCCUGUAUGCCCCAAUCAGACAACAGGAUGUCCGACAGAAUGCCAACAAACUGGCAGAGGUCCUGCUGAGUCUCCUGGACCAGACGAAGACGUCGCACGUGGUCAAGGAAGCCGACAAUUCGUGGCUAACCUUUCUGAGCAAAGCCGUGGACCACAACCUGGAGAAAAUCACACAACUGACUGCCCCUGCAUCACCACACAAUGACAGAUAAGAGAACGGACAAUGCCCAAAGGACUGAGUUUCCAUUGCAAAGGCAACCCAAUGCCCAGGGCAUACAACAAAACAUCUAUGGGAUGUCAGACCGUAUGUAAACACAUUACUGGGAGUGAAGCACAUCAACAUCAGAAACACCAUUUAAAUGAGAAAAUAUGGAUUAUUUAUUCAUCAGCUCUGUUUUGAUUCCAGUUAACAUUGUAAAAAUUGUAGCAUUUUAGUACAAACACUCCCAUGUAAGAUUUUGAACUACAAGACCACUUAGGGUAUUCCUGAAGAAUAUAGUACAUAGUGCCGUUAUAACCAGAAAGUUAAAGCGUCGCUGGCUCUGAAAGUUGUUUGUGAACACAAGACCGCAGAAUUGACCUCUAAAAAAAUGGCAAUUAAGUGUCUUUCUCUAAAACAGAAGAUAAAGUUAAGUACAUGAAAUGUAAACAGAUUUUCCCAAUCAUUAAAACAAAGAGUGUUAAAGUGUUAA